AUGGACCCACGCAUCGUGUGGACGGCUCCCGGCAAGGAGCCACCAAGGCCAACAAGGCUGGCAGGCCAUGGAGUCGGAGGCGGAGCCUGGGCCCACACCCGGGGCUUCGCCUCCCGCUUCGCCUCCGGAACGUCCCUGAUGCCCCUGGGCCUGUCCUUUGUGCACCUCGCGGGGGGCCUCGCUGCUGGAAAGCUCGCGGCCCGGAUGACGAGGAAGGCCAAACAGGUUCGAUGCCUUUGGCCGAGAAGCGGCGGUGCGAGGCACGUGGCGUGCGCUAGUGGCGCAGGCGACUUCGAAUACUUGAUGGACCUCGAGGGUUUCGUAUCCCUGUGCAAGCGUCGUGGCUUCGUCUUCCCGUCCGGGGAGAUCUAUGGGGGCUACAGCGGCUUCUUCGACUACGGCCCCUUGGGCGCUGAGUUGAAGAACAACCUCAAGAAGAUGUGGUGGCGCAGGAUGGUUCAUGGCCGUGACGACGUCAUCGGCUUGGACAGCGCCAUCGUCACAACACCUUCUGUUCACCAAGCCUCCGGCCAUGUGGACAACUUCUCGGACCCCAUGGUUGACUGCAAGGAAAGCAAGCAACGGUUUCGGGCUGACCAGCUGAUGUGGGCGAAGGUGGAGCUCGAGGAUGAGGGCGACGUGGGCUACGUCUCCAUGGUCGAGGAUGGCAAUGUAGAAGCUGCAUUGAACAAGGCAGCAAAGAAGCUCGCAGAGGGGAAGAAGAUGAAGCCCCUGAUCAUCAAGGACAUGACGGAGGCCAGCGAGGAGGAGGUCGCCUUGAUCCCCUCGCCGGCGACCAAGAAACCUGGGAGCUUGACUGGGGCACGGGCCUUCAACUUGAUGUUCGAGACAACCGUGGGGCCCUACUCGGAUGCCGGGUCCAAGAGCUACUUGCGGCCAGAGACUGCGCAGGGCAUCUUUGUGAACUACAAGCAGGUGUCCUACGUGAUGCGGCAGAAAGUGCCUUUCGGAAUCGCGCAGAUUGGCAAGGCCUUUCGCAAUGAGAUUACCCCGAGGCAGUUUCUUUUCCGUUCGCGGGAGUUCGAGCAGAUGGAGAUCGAGUACUUCAUUGAUCCUGACGCGGAUUUCCGUGCGGUCCAGGAGGAGUGGAUCGAGGAGAUGUGGAACUUCCUCAAGGCAGUGGGACUGAAGGAAUGCUUGAUGGACCGGGAGGUGCACGAGGGAGACAAGUUGGCGCACUAUGCGAGGGCCUGCACGGACAUUAUCUUUCGAUAUCCUUUCGGCACCCAGGAGCUCUUGGGCGUAGCCGCGAGGGGUGAGUACGACUUGCAGCAGCAUGCGCAGGCCAGCGGCCAAAGCAUGGAGUACCAGGUGCCAGGCCAGAAGCGGAAGUUCGUGCCGCACGUCAUCGAGCCGUCCCUGGGAAUCGAUCGCCUCUUCCUGGCGCUUCUCUGCAGCGCAUAUGACGAGGAUGUUGUGGGCGAUGAGAAGCGGUCGCUUCUCAGGUUCCACCCGUGUGUAGCGCCCAUCACCUGUGCAGUUUUCCCCCUGAUGAAGAAGCCCCCGGCACUUGUGGAAAAGGCCCAAGCUCUGGCAAAGCAGCUCCGACAGCGUGGCUGGAACGUGCUCUACGAUCAGGCGGGUACCAUUGGGAAACGUUAUCGGCGCAUGGACGAGGUGGGGACUCCCUUCUGUUGCACCGUGGACUUCGACACCCUGGAGGACGACACGGUCACUGUGCGUCGUCGGGACGACCCGCUCGAGGUCUCGCGGAUGCCCAUUGAUGCAGUGGCGAGGUUUCUUGACGACGAGUGCCAGCUGCCUAUGUGA